AUGAGUCCAGGCAGAGAAGGCGAGGCCGAGGACACGACAGGAUUGACAUACCCGUCACCUGGCGCGGAAGGGAUGGAGUCAGGACCAUUUUAUCACAACGCUCGCGAAGGGCCUCCAGAACAUGAAGAUCAAGCUGAGCAGCAUGAAGCUGAAGACGUGCAUGCGCAGGAGCAUGAACAGACCCAGCUGUCUGCCCAAGACGACGCCGCAUCACAGCAUCAUGCUUCUCGCCCAGCGAAUUUGGAAGAGCUUCAAUUAGCUGCUCAAUUAGGUCAAGGCUUAGCUGGCGCCUCCAUCUUGCCAGCUACCGACCCGAAUAUGAAUGUUGAAGACCCCAGCAUGCGCAACAUUAUGCCACAUCCCGAACCUGACCAGCACCAUACACCAUCCUAUGUGCAGGAUACUCCUACAACCGACCCGAUGGUUCAACAUCAGAUGCCUGUUCCCGUUGGCCAUCCCUUGCCGCCGCAAUAUGCGAUGGGGGAUGGAAUUCCUCCGCGCAAGAGAUCCAAGGUGUCGCGUGCGUGCGACGAGUGUAGAAGGAAGAAAAUCAAGUGCGAUGCACAAUCUGAUUCGGGUGAGACCCCGUGCUCUAGCUGCGCGCGGUCGUCUAUUAGAUGCUUGUUUAGCAGAGUACCACAGAAACGUGGUCCUAGCAAAGGGUAUAUUAAGGAGCUUGCAGACCGUAUUCACAGCAUCGAAAACAAACUAGAAUCCGAGGGCAAUCUCAGCCAAGACGAUAUCGACAAGUUGUUUGCGACGGACCGCUCGAGGCAUAGCAAUGGCCUCGAGGAAUCCACACGAAAGCGCCCCUUUUCUAGUAUUUCAGCAGGAGAUUUCACAACACCAACAAACGCCCGGCAAGCACCCUGGGGUUCAGAACCACGAUCUAUUCAGCCUGCACCCGGACCCGGGGAAGGGUUUGGCCAAGAAUACAAUAACAACAACGCCUUGGCACCUCAGCCAUCGCCAAUCAAACCAGAAGAUACCCCUUCAAAACAGCCCGCCACAUCAACAGAUGUUCCCAUGGUGGAUGGAGAAGACAUUCCUGCUGUAGAUGAGCAGAUUUUCCAUGAGUUUCUCAUAUCAGUCCAGCCACUCUACCCAGUGCUGCCAAACGAUAUGGCCAGACUUCAGUCGUUACUCUCGCAAGCAAAUCCAGCAGUUCGGUCGGCCUUUUCACUCGCUCUGUCGUGUGUUGGCCAGCCCCCGUCUGACAGCACCAAGAUUGCCAGUUCACUUCUGCACGAAUGGGAAAGCAGCGAUGCUCCACGCAGCCGAGCCACCGAUAUUGUCCACGCCCAGACUUUAUUAUUACUGAUCAUUGAUGCUGACUGGCGAGCAACUUCUACACUCCCAUUUCUCCUGGCUCGGGCAGUGGCUCUCGCCAACUCAAUGAAGCUUUGGAAAUCUUCAAUUCUGAGCCAAACGACAGAACAUGACUCUGAUGAUCAAUUGUGUGUCCGAAUAUGGUGGUCUUUGGUGCUGAUGGACAGAUGGCAUGCUGCUGGAACGGGCCAACCAGCUCAAAUUCCGGACAGAAGCGCCGUCGUUCCAGCGGGCCUCGAGAACAUAAUCGGAGAGGUAUCAUAUCACUUGCUUCGUUUGUCAAAACUGUUGAACCGAAUCUCUUUUGUCGUGUCGACGUUGCAGACCGGAUCAUUUACAGCCGAGGGUCCCAUGGCCGCCAUCUUGACCGAUUACAUUGAGAACUACCGGGAGGAUUUACCUGCGCACAUUGAUGCAGCAGCGUAUCCAAUGAUUCAUCUUGCUUAUUGGCACUGCCGCCUUCUCGUCACCAUGCUGACCCCAAGCGCCACGCCGAAAGAGAUUUUCUGGCCAACGAAAGAACUGGCUCAUCUGCUGUCUGUGAGCCCGGACUUGAAGAGCCCGUUGAUGAAUCAUUUUGUCUCGCUUGCCACCAUGUCAUUAAGCAAGUUGGCCAAAACGGAGUCCACACGGGAGGAGGCUGUCGAUAUCAUAAGGGAUAUCGUCGAAAAGUCCGGCGAAGGACACUGGGAUGGCGUGAAAGACAAGCUCGCAGACAGGUUGAGGCCAGGCUCAUCUUCUGCUGCCGAAGCGGCGGCGAGUCAAGGACUACAGCAUCUUGCAGAUCUUGCAACAGCACAUGAGGGCAUUGGUGCAGGAGAGGAGGUUCCGUUUGGCGCGGCUCUUACAACCGGAUACCUAGAGGUAGCGUCAUGA